GUUGCGCGUGCGUGGAACGACGCGUCCUGCACGUCCGCCCUCACUGCGCUUCCGCCCACUUCCUGUGGUUAAACGCCGUCACAUCCGGUUCCUUUCAGUUUCACGGUCGUGAUGGCAGCGCUGGGUAGACUCUCCGGGAUCCUUGGCCGUACCGUGCAGGCCCGCGGCCGCCUGUUUUCAGCAGCUGCAGCAGAACACGAUCACGGCAAUGCAGGUGCGGCGGGGGUACCGAGGCGGGGCUCAGACAGGCUGUUCCCGGGGUCACCUUCACCCGCAGGGCAGGCUGUGUGCGCUCCGCCGCCGGGGAAGGUCACUGCGGGCUCUGGCGGGGUGUGAACCGCAAUGCCAGCCGGGCUGACUUCUCUCUCUCUCUCUCCCCCCCCACAGCUCGGACAUGGAAGAUCCUGACCUUCGUGGUGGCCCUGCCCGGGGUGGCUGUCUGCAUGCUCAACGCCUACCUGAAGGCUCAGCAGCACCCCAGCGAGCACCCUGAGUUUGUCCAUUAUGAUCACCUGAGGAUCCGCUCCAAGGUGAGCCAGCAGCCCACAGCUUGCCAUCUCAAUCACACUUUAUUAUUAUGAUUAUUUUGUAUUUUUGCAGUGCAUAGGAACACUACAUACAGGCUUGAGGUGCCCCGACUGCAACCCUCAGUCUUAUCAUCAUAUAGUACAAUUGGGAUACUUGUAGAGACAUGCACAAUUUUAUAAUAGUAAGGACAAUGCGAUCGCUAUGUCGAUUAAUGCUAGAAAGGAUAAAUAUAAUUGAACAUGUUGAUAUCAGUAGUCUAGUUCUCUACUUAGCUGUACAUUAUGAACUGAUAGAAAUAAGCAGGGUUAGACAUGCCUUGUGUGUAAAUGCUAUGAAUCUGGCUUAUCGGGUGCAGGUCAUACAUGCAAAACAUAACUGGCUACUCUAGAGAUUGCUAGUCACAGUGGUCCGGAGCUUUAGGGAAGAAAGAAAAACACACCAGACUUGAAGUGGUAUGGUUAUGAGGCAUUAUGGCUGAGUUUCAUGCACAGUGUAGAGUGUUCAGGUCAUGAGAGUCUGUAAGUGGCCAUCUCUCUUAUCCGAUUCCCUUUGUCGGAAGACAUCUGAAGCCCGCAGGUUGAUCGCAGGGGGUAGCUGUGAGGGUGUCCCUCCAGCCCCAGGCUGGUGUGUAGGCCUGCAUCUCUUGGCCAAGAGUGGCGGGAGGCCUGGUGGUUGGCUGCAGCGUGUGGGCGAUGCUGUCAGGUCAAGACCUUCUUGGCCUUCAGCUAGGGUGAGUGUUGGUGGGUGCGACACUUCUCACAUGCUUCCUGGGAGUUUUGCUGCUCGGUCUGGGCUGCCUACUGAAGCCUCUCCUAAAAGUUACUGAACAAUUUGUCUAGACGUUGCAUAUCAUCAGUGGUGUUAUUGUGACGGUAUGAGUGAUGUGGGAGCUUGUUCCGAUUAUGUGGAGAGCGUUCAGCCGCCGUCUUUUGUGUGUGUCUCUCUCGUGGGGCAACGCUUGGCGUUUGAUCCAGACAGGUUGCUCCAGACGCCCAGCGAGGACUGGGAUAUCCCCCACCAGUCCUAGGGGGGGGUGGUUAGGAGAGUUGAGAGAAUUCUGUGCCAGUUUGCAAACGAUAAGAGCAGCCAAAGGAGGUAAUAAGUUUGCCAAGAGAGGCAGUAUAAAGAGAAAAUAGAAGGGCACCAAGGACAGAGCCUUGGGGGGACUCCAACCGAGACAGGAGGAGGUAUCUUUAGAAAAGGAGACGCUGAUUGAGCAUUGGGAGAGAUAAGCGGAAAACCACGAGAGGACAGUCAGAGACCGAGUGAUUGAAGAGUUUGGAGAGCAUGAUCAACUGUGUCAAAGGCAGCAGAGAGGUCAAGAAGAAUUAAUAUGGAGUGGUGCCCUUUGUGAUUAGGUUGUUAGUAAUGUUAAGAACAGUCUCAGUAGAGUGGAGAGGGUCAAGGAGAGAGUUGGAAUUGAGGAAGUGAGACAUACGGGUUAAGACAAGACUUUCAAGAAGCUUGACCCAGAGCAGGUAAUUAUUGCAGUUUUUAGGAAACUGUAAUAAUUACCUGCUAGGGUUAAAGGACCACUCUAGGCACCCAGACCACUUCAUCUUAAUGAAGUGGUCUGGGUGCCAGGUCCAGCUAGGGUUAACCCAUUUUUUUAAUUUUUUAUAAACAUAGCAGUUUCAGAGAAUGGGUUAAGCCUUCCCCAAAAGCCUCUAGCGGCUGUCUCAUUGACAGCCGCUAGAGGCACUUGCGUGCUUCUCACUAUGACAAUCACAGUGGGAGCACGCAAGCGUCCAUAGGAAAGCAUUGAUAAUGCUUUCCUAUGCGACCCGCUGAAUGUGCGCGCAGCUCUUGCCGCGCGUAUGCAUUCAGCCGACGGGGAGGAACGGAGGAGAGAGCUCCCCGCCCAGCGCUGGAAAAAGGUAAGUUUUACCCCUUUUCCCCUUUCCAGAGCCGGGCGGGAGGGGGUCCCUGAGGGUGGGGGCACCCUCAGGGCACUAUAGUGCCAGGAAAACGAGUAUGUUUUCCUGGCACUAUAGUGGUCCUUUAACUCCACUCAACUUGAGGGACUUCUGGGCUGUUAGGAGACGUUUUGUCACCUGACGCAUGAGCAAUAUUCAGUGUGACCCAAAACCCAUAGGACGAAGAAGCUACAUUGCCAGAAAAUGUUUGUUUUCCUGGCACUAUAGUUUCCCUUUUAAUGAUGGGAUUUUGCAACAUUUAUGAUAUCCUGCAACUUUGUUGGUAACACAAUUUCUGAUAUUGAUGGGACACUAUGGGCACCAAUAAAUGUUUAAUGUAUUUGAUAUAUUUUGGCCUUAUUCAUGUGCCUUACUUAUUUUUAAAUGUAUUUAGCUUGCUCACUUUUAUUUAUUAUUUUUUUAUACAAAAUGUGGGUUUUGCACCAUUAGCCUGCCCCGACACCCAUGAAUGAGCUGUGUUUAAUUCACAACCUGGCUGUAAGCAGAGAAACUGUAAACAAAUAGUAAUGUCCUCACUGUACGUCUCCUUGUGUGUCACCUUCUAAUUCAGUUUCUUGUGUGGUUCAGAUUAAUCAGUACUGUUAGUGGCUGAGCUGAAUGCAUAUAUUUUUUUAUAAGGAUGUCAGGAAGUCUUUAUGCUUUAUAUAUGCCCUUUUUUGUUUUUCCCCUCUCCCUUUUUCAUGAGUUAUAAUUUAUGAUACAUAUUUUAAAAAAACACACAGCUCUCAAAUUGCUGUUUUUGCUUAAGAUGUGCCCUGAAAAUUCUUACUUGUGUAAUUUAGCUCUGCUUUAAUUUAUAUGCCUGUAUUUUGUCUUAACAGAAAUUUCCAUGGGGUGAUGGCAACCAUUCUUUAUUUCACAAUGCACAUGUUAAUGCCCUUCCAGAUGGUUAUGAAGAAUCAGAGCACUAAAUUUGUGGACCUUAAAUUAUCUGGACCAGUCUAAUGUUUGGGCCCAAGUUUAAUCAGAGGAUCAAGCUAAUGUAUUUAAUGCUGUAAAUUGCCCUCGUGCAUAGAGGUCUCAUAAAUAAAAUGUUGUUUUCCUGAGUUUUUGACUUGAACCUUUCUUUUAAGUUUGGAAAUUACACAUGCCGUGUACAGUGUUAUAAUUGAG